CGUCCGUCGGUUGUGCGCAUGUCACAACCUCUUUACAACUCGGCUGGCUAAGAUGGCGGACGCACAAACCGAGAGGGCUUAUCAGAAACAGCCCACCAUCUUCCAGAACAAAAAACGUGUUCUGGUAGCAGAUGGUGGCAAAGAAAGCAAAGAAAAGAUCCCCCGUUACCAUAAAAGUGUCGGGCUGGGUUUUAAAACCCCAAGAGAGGCUAUAGAUGGCACUUACAUUGAUAAGAAAUGCCCUUUCACCGGGAAUGUCUCAAUCCGUGGCCGAAUCCUUUCUGGUGUGGUGACCAAAAUGAAGAUGCAGAGGACCAUCGUGAUCAGACGCGACUACCUGCAUUACAUCCGCAAGUACAACCGCUUUGAGAAGAGGCACAAGAACCUGUCUGUGCAUCUGUCACCAUGCUUUAGGGACGUCACUGUCGGCGACAUUGUGACCGUCGGAGAGUGUCGACCGCUGAGCAAAACCGUGAGGUUCAAUGUCCUCAAAGUGACCAAGGCUGCUGGAGCCAAGAAGCAGUUCCAGAAGUUUUAGGUACACCAUGGAAAUAAGGUGGUUUUCCAAUAAAUGAAAGUUGUUUAAAAUAA